AAACUCACAGGGACAAGACUUCCCAAUUCCAAGGCGAGAGUCAGGCCAGUGGCAAUUCUCGUAAUUUCAGACAGUAUUUGGGGGCCAAGUCCUUCCAAUCCCCUCUCCCGCUCUCACCAAAUCCAAUAACUGCGAGAUUUCUUCCCCUCCAUAAACCCUAGAAAACCAGACCCACCCAGAAAAAUCAGAAACCAUUAAUCUGCAAAGAACCCGGCUUUUCCCUAAUCCAACGGUUAUUUCGUGAUUCCAGACGCGCCCUGACCGUUGAUUUUGGCCGAGCUUAGCUCCUUGAGCUGAUUCACUACUGCAAUUUUGUCAAUGUGCAUGGUGUUUUGGUGUUUCUGGUGGCUUGAGUGAGUGAUUGGGGCAAUCUGGUACUUGGUGGUGAUGUUGUUUCGAUAUAUGUGAAGAGCAUUAGAGGCUAUGGAGAGUUUGGAAGUCAUGGAGAAUGGUGUUGGAUCGUGCAAUGGUGGGAUGGAGCAGCUGGAGGUUAUGCAUAAUGGUGUUGAAAAGUGCAACGGUGGGAUGGAGCAGCUUAGCAAUGGUGUGAAAGAAAGUGAUCAUCUGGGUGUUGACAUUCUUGAGGAUUUGGAGUCUUACAUGCAAGAUAUUAAUGACCGGUUGACCAUAUCGAGGAUGGUGAGUGACUCGGUCAUCAAGGGUAUGGUGACUGCAGUGACAGAAGAGGCAGCUGAGGAAAUUGCUCAGAAAGAACGAGAGGUGACUAAAUUGAAGGAAAUGUUGCAUGUUCAUCACGUGGGUGUUGAUGAGAACGAAUUCUCAGGGUCUUCAAUAAUGCCCCGAUUGCCAACAGGUACCCAACAUGGACUUACUCCUAUAGGUAGCAGAGAUGGAAUUCAGCAGCCUAGUGCCCUUGAAGCUUUUUCUGGGCAUGAUAGAAUAGCAGAAACUUUGGUCCACUUAAGAGGUACUACUAACAAGGAAUUCAAGAAGCUCAAAAAAGAAAUUGAUAGCAUAAGAAUGCGUAGUUCAAUGAAGAGGAUUAGUUUCGGUUCAGGUUUGGGUGACAUACUGCAAGAUAAAGUAUCUGACAAGUGGGAUGUGGAAAGAACCUUGGAUAGUCUGAAGACUACAAUAGAAAGUGUCUAUCAACAGGUGGAAGAAAUGAUUCACUUGUCAAAGACAUCAGUAUAUGAGUGGCAGCUGGAGCAGGAGUUUAAAGCAAAAAUUGAAGCAGAAAUUGAAGCACUUGUGAUGAGUAAUUGUAUUUGGACCGUUGGAGGAAACAUGAGGGAUUCCUUUUGUGAUGUAAAAACUGUGAACUGGGAUGGAAAGAUGAAAGAGAUAUCAGGUAUACGUGAUGAACUAGAUGCUAUUUCUAAAUCACUAUCUGUCUCUGACAAUGGGCAGCUAUCUUCUCAUGGAUCCUUGGAAGGUGAAGAAGAGAGUAGCAAUGGUAAAAAGGGUGCCGGUUCACACCGCAACGUAUUGAACUAUCUUAAAUCAGCAUCAUCAUUACCAUCAACAAUAACAACAGCAGCAGCAACAUUAUCAGCAUCAGCAUCAGCAUCAGCAGCUUCAUCUCUAUGGGAAGAAAAUGGUAUACAUGAUGAGAAAGAAAUUAAUAUGGAAGAACAUUUGGAUCCUGUCUUGCUUAAGCAUAUGAAUAAAGAAGAAUUGAUAAGUCAUUGCAAGAAUGAGAUUACUAAACUGAAGAGAAAUCAUGAGUUAAAAAUACAAGAUCUGACCGAGCAGCAUUUCAGCUACAGGAGGGAAUUGCUGAGAGAAAAGGGACCCUCUCUAACAGUGAAGAAGAAUAAGGAUUUUGAUAUGUUGAGAAAGAGAAUCUCUGAGGUGAUUUCUAAAGUAGAUGAAAUUCUUGUAGAAAAGGAGGAAGUGGAUACAUUGCUUCCUCGUACAUGUGGCAGCAAUGAAGAAAGUCUCACCAGUUUGAAAGAUAAAGUGGAAUCACUCCUCUCAGAAAACCAUCAACUCAGAGAUUUGCUCGAGGAUAAGAAGAGAGAAAUUAAGUGCCUUUCACUACAGAUUUCUGAAGCUUCGGAGAACCUGUCACAACACACUCUGGCUGAAGCAAAGUUAUUGAAUACAGUUGGAAAUCUUAAAGCAGCUAUGGAAGAUGCUCACGUUGAAGCUGUAAUUGGUGAAGAUCUAUUUGCUGGUGUUGUCAGGGAAGUGGUGGAUGAGGUCAAACGUAUUGCUGAAGAGUCACAGGUGGAAAACAGUAUUCUGCAUGGAAUUUACAAAAGUAUAUUCGAAGAAGCUUUUCAUGAUGCUGAACCUGCUAGCAAAUGUCAAUCGGAAGAUUUGAAUAUGGAGUCCAUCAUAAUGCAAGAACUGUGUGACGUUAUGUUCAAAGAUGCUUUGAAGGAUGCUGAGGAGAAACUCAAUGAGCUGAACAUCAAGUAUAUUGAUGAAUAUGAACUUCGGGUUUUGCACGAGAUGCAAAAACGAGACAAGGAAAAACAAUUAAAAGUAGAGGUUGCAAACAAAGAGAGAUUACGGCAAGAAGUACUUAUUUUGGUAGAAGAAAAGGAGCAGUUGGCACGAGAUGCAGCAGCUGCAUUGGCAAACGAAAAAGAACGAUAUGAAUUAGCUGCUCAAGAGGUUAUAAAUUUAAGGGGUGAGAUAUGUCAACAUCAGAAAUUGAUUUCAGAAAGCCUUAAAGUUUCAAAUGCUGCAAAGCGUGAUUUGGUUGAGGCGUUGGAGCAAAAUGAUAGACACAAGGCAGACAUAUCUAAGUUAGAACAGAAGCUUGCAGUAGCAGUGAAAGAGUUGAGGCAACUUGAGGAAGAUAGAAGGAUGCUUCUUGAUGUCAACCAUGAGAAGCAGAUUGCUGAAUCUUUGCUUAAAGCAAAAGAGAGGGAGCUGAGUGAGCAAUUUGAAUCAAUAGCUGUCUAUGUCAGUGGAUUAUUGAAAUCGUUUACUGAUUUUGAAUGUCGAGUGACACAAGAUAUAUCGGGGAAAUGUUCGAGGUUGAAAAGUUUGACUUCUCAGUCACAUGUGCUUAAACAAAAAGCUGAUGUACUUGUAAGACGAGGAAUGCUGUACAAGCAGAGAUUUGAAAAGAAAUGUGCUGACCUUGAGAAAGCUGAAGCUGAGGUUGAUCUUUUGGGGGAUGAGGUGGAGACUCUGUUGAAUCUUGUUGAAAAAAUAUACAUUGCCCUUGAUCAUUAUUCACCAAUAUUGCAGCAUUAUCCUGGAAUAACUGAUAUCUUGAAGCUGGUGAAAAGGGAAUUAAGUCCAGACAAUUAGAUCUGUUUGAUAUGCUUCUGACUUGGGAAUUUACUGCCUUAUUUAAAACAACCAAAAUCUAAGGAAAUGCUUGAAAGAGCCGGAGUCUGAUGAGAAAUAUAAUUCCUAUAUGUGGUGCCAAACCUUUUACAUAAGCAAAUUUGCUGAAGAGAAAGAGAUGCAAAUGGUUGCUACCAGUACUGGCAAAGCAGAUGGUGAGCUUGGUUUUGGUGACAUAUAAUCUUAGUUACGAAGUCUUUUUUGUCUAGGAGCCGAGGUAAAACCCUCGUCAUGUGAAAUAUACUUUAGGAACUUCUGUUUCAAG